CGGAUUACUACACAAGUGGGCCUCUAAACAAGUCAAACUCACAAAAUUCAUUUCCUGCUUUCCUAAUUUCGUCGAAUUUUUGUGAAUUUCGGGUCGAAAUUACCUUUUUCCGAAGUAACAAAAUGUGAAUAACACCCAUGUGAGGAUAUUCACCUGCAUCGAAGUUGAAGUCAAAUCAAUUCCAGUUAAGUUGGAGUUUUUUCCAUUUACCCAGAAUCCAAGAUCCCAAACUGAUGCAGAUUGUUUGCUUGCUUCAUUGAUGCAGAUUGUUUACUGAUGAAAAGGCACUGAUUUUUGAGCUUCUUGGUGAUUUUCUGAACUCAAAUGACCAAAGAAAAUGUCACCCAGAUAGUGAUUUGUGAAUUCUCCCAAGAAAUAUCACUCAGGUUGUGAUUUGUGAUUUUUCUGUGCUCAAAUUUACUUCCUUUGGCAUUUGAGAUUGUGUUUGUAAAAGUCAUGGUUGAAGAUGAAAACCCAGAAGCUAAAUUGAAGGUAAUGGACGAAGAAGAACUUAGAGUGGAUCCCAAGUUUGGGUUUUGGGAUUAUAUUAGGGGGCCACUAAAUUGGCUCAAAAUGCUUGCUAAAGAGAUGCAUUGGAGUUUUGUGUUUGGGGUAGUGAUUGUGUAUGGAUUUAAUCAGGGUUUGGGUGGAGCACUAAAUCGUGUCGGUACCGAGUAUUACAUGAAGGAUGUCCAGAAAUUGCAGCCUUCUGAGGCACAGAUUUAUCAAGGGUUUACUUCAAUUCCUUGGAUGGUUAAGCCUAUUUGGGGUCUCAUGACAGAUGUUGUUCCUAUUCUAGGGUUUCAUAGAAGGCCUUACUUCAUAUUUGCAGGUAUUCUUGGCAUAGUGCCCAUGCUAUACUUAUCUUUGCACCAGCAGAUGCACAUCUUCUUCGCAGUGCUGUCUUUAACAAUAGGGAGUGCAGGAGCAGCAAUAGCAGAUGUGACUGUUGAUGCAUGUGUAGCACAGAACUCUAAUAAGCAUCCACAUCUUGCUCCUGACAUGCAAAGCUUAUGUUCAUUGAGUUCUUCCACUGGAUCACUCCUGGGAUUCUUUCUCAGUGGUCUUUUGGUUCACUUCAUUGGCCCAAAGGGGGUUUUUGGAUUGCUGGCAAUCCCAGCGGCACUUGUAUGUCUGGUCGGAAUCAUACUUCAAGAGCCUCAAACAGUAAACUUCUCUUACAAACAGGUUGGUAAGAAGUUCCUUGAUGCAACCAAAACCAUGACAGCCACACUGAAAUUGCCAGAUGUGUGGAAACCAUGUCUAUAUCUAUACCUCAGCAAUGCUAUGAGUUUCAAUAUAUAUGAUGGAAUGUUUUACUGGUAUACUGAUUCAGAUGCAGGUCCUCAUUUUUCUCAGGAAUUCGUGGGCUAUAUUCUUUCCAUUGGUGCAGCUGGUGCAAUAUUGGGAUCACUACUGUUUCAAUAUGCCUUGAAAGAUCACCCAUUCCGGGAUCUAUGUUUCUGGAGUCAGCUUCUGUUAGGUCUAUCAGGGAUGCUUGAUUUGAUGCUGGUUUUACGAUUGAACUUAAUAGUUGGUAUUCCAGAUCAUAUAUUUGCAGUACUGGAUGAAUGCGCAUUCCAGUUUCUUGGGAGGCUCAAAUGGAUGCCGCUACUCGUUCUCAGUUCAAAGCUUUGUCCUUCUGGAAUAGAAGGCACCUUCUUUGCAUUAAUCAUGUCGAUUGGUAACAUUGGUACGUUCUCUUCAUCAUGGUUCGGAGGUGUGUUACUCAAUAUUUUGAAAAUCACAAGAACAAGAUUUGACAAUCUUUGGGUAGCCAUACUGAUCCGUAACAUAGCUAGAAUCUCUCCACUCUUGGUAAUAUUUUUAGUACCUAGGACUGAUCCCACCUCUUCCAUUCUUCCAUCUAAAGUCCCAAGUACAGAAAUUCCGGAUGAUGACAAAAUUGAGCUAGUAUCUCUCAUGACCAGUGCCGAUAGAAGAUGACAUUUAUUCCGCAGUCUGUUUUGUUUGUGAUUUAGGGGAGAAUCUGUCUAAAUAGAUACUAUUAUUGGUUUUAGGGAACUUAGCUUCAGAGCAACAGAUAAUACCAUUUUGAUUCUUUUAUACGGAGUACCUAUCAAUCAUUCUGCAAAUUCUUUUGUAGUGAAACAUGUCUGGUUGUAAUUGUAAGUUUUAGAAAGACUUACAUGUUGAUCGCAAACAGAUGUGAUUAUCAUAAAUAUUGAUACCGAUUUGUAACCAAAAAAAAUUGUAAUAGCAGGCAUUUUCUGAAUCAGAAUACAUACCAUUCAUUUCAA